UGAUUCCUCAGUCUCAUACAUACUCUCAUUAUUCCUCCCCAAAAAACAACCCUAGCCUCCAUCACGCUGCCGUUUGUCUCACCAUCGCUGCUUGGUUCGUCGUACUCGAAGGCCCUUCCAUUCCCCCAACGCCAGUGUCUCUAGGUCCUGCUCCACCGUCGUCCCUCUAUCGUGUUCGUCGCCAGCUCCCGGUCGUCCGUCGCCAGCUCGCCAGGGUUCGUCGCCAGCUCGCCAGGGUUCGUCGCCAGCUUCCCGUCAUCUGUGGCUCUCCCUCAUAUCCCUGGUCACUGCCCUCGCCGAAGGAAAGCCAAAACCCUAAUCGGCUGAGCGAACGUCUCCUUCCUCUUCCUUCUGGCACCAACCAGGCCACUCCUCAGUGUCUCAGUCUCGUCACUCUCUCAUCUCUCUCACUGUCGCUCUCGCACUCAAGAUCUCUCGUCUCCGGUCUCUCUCACUGCCUCCGAUCCCGCACUCAAGCUCGUCGCUGGCGGCAGAAGCAGCACGUUCCGCAGCUGGUCGUCGUUGACGUCUUCUUGCUUCGAGCCUCGCCUCAGCAGCUGGUCCCCGAUUUUUUGAGUUCCAAUAAACUCCCCUGUUCUUUCUGGCUCAAUUUUGUUGCUUGUGAUAAAUAAUGAGGAAGCUAAGGUUUCAUGAGAAGAAGCUACUGAAGAAGGUUAACUUCUUGGAAUGGAAGAGAGAAGGUGGUCGCAGAGAGAACCAAGUUAUGCAGCGUUACCAUCUUACUGGACGUGAUGAUUACAAAAAAUAUUCGAGCAUAUGCGGCAUGAUUCAGAAGUUGGUAAAUAUAUUGAAGCAAAUGGACCCCAAGGACCCUUUCCGUGUCGACAUGACUGAUAAGCUCUUGGAAAAGCUUUACAACUGUGGUGUGAUUCCAACCAGGCAAAGCAUCACAUUAUGUGAACGUAUAACUGUGUCAUCCUUCUGCAGGCGCAGGCUUGCAACUGUUUUGGUGCGACUAAAAUUCGCAGAAUAUCUGAAAGAAGCUGUGACAUACAUUGAGCAGGGGCAUAUACGAGUUGGUCCGGAGACAGUUACGGAUCCAGCUUUCCAUGUGACUAGAAAUAUGGAAGACUUCAUUACAUGGGUGGAUUCGUCGAAGAUCAAGAGAAAGGUGCUGCAGUACAACGAUAAGUUGGAUGACUAUGAUUUAAUGAAUUAAGUAGAUAGUUUUGAUAGAGUCAAAUACACAAUGGGUUUUUGUUCUUGAGUCUAGUUUGAGCAGGCAUUCUUUUUCCCUUUAAUGUCUUAAAUGCUAUAUAGAAACCCAGAGAAAUUUUGACCAUCAUACUAGGAAUUUAGUAAAUGAUUGUGACAUUAGUAUACUGCUAUAUUUUGAAUAUGUAUUUUUAUUUUCUGCAAUCAGUAGAUGGUUAUCUUUCAUAAUGC